AUGCAAAUGGAUUCAUCAUCUAAUAUAACAACAAUUGAUCUGACACUUCCAACAGCUGAUGCACAAACAAGUUCUUCCAAUGAUGAUAAAAUUUCUUGCACAGUUAAGACAAAAAUUGGUCGUCAUGGCCUUGAACAAUAUUAUGAAGAUUUUAAAGAAUAUAAUGCAGGUGAUUUGAAAGGUAAAACAUCUGCCAUCUGUAUUUUAUGCAAAGAAAUGGUAUGGCAUGUAAAAGGUUCUACAUCGAAUUAUUAUCGACAUUUACAACGUAAACAUAAACCUGAAUAUGAUUUGUGGUCAAAAAAUGAAUCACAAAAAAAAAAUGAAAAUAAAUUAAAACAAAUUUCUUUAGAAGAUAGUUUAUCUUCAUCUUCUCAUACGUCAAAGUAUGGAUCUUCUCAUCAUCGUCAAGUUGAAUUAACUAAAAUGGUUUUUGAAAACUUUAUAAUUGGAUUAGAUUUACCAUUAUCGAUUACUGAAAAACCUGCAUUUAUUCAAGCAAUGAUGAUAGUUGAUCCAAAGUUUCGUGUUCCAUCUCGACGAUCAAUUGCAUCUGAUUAUUUACCAAAAAUACACGAACAGAUUACCAACAAAUUGAAACAUGUAUGUUCAUCAGCUGAUUUUGUUUCGUUGACAUUUGAUGGUUGGACAGAUCGUCGUAUGAGAGCUUUUUACGCCAUUACAAUGCAUUAUAUCGAUCAUAUGGGUCAGUUAAAAGCACACUUACUCGCUUUUAAUCCUCUUUCUGGUAAUCACACUGGUGAAAAUUUGUUUAUGGAAUAUGAUCGUGUUUCAACAGCAUUUUCAAUUGGAAAUAAAGUUGUUAGACUUAUAACAGACAAUGCCUCAAAUAACUUAUCUGCUUUUGGUGAAUUAGUCAUACCAGGGUUUGAGUCAUAUUUCAUAACUGAAGAUGAUACAGAAGGAAGUGAUGAUAAUGAUGAUCAAAAUGAAAUAAAUUUGAAUGUGUCUGAAGGACAUCCUCCUGAUGAUGAUGAAGAACAAAGAAAACCUGAAUUAGUACUGUCAAUGAAAGAUUUAGCUGUAUUACGUGAAUUUAUAUCAAUUUUCACGUUACUCGUCGAAGCUACAAAUCGAACACAAGCUGAACAAUGUGUAUCUAUAUCACUUGUGGCACCAAGUGUACUUGGAAUUUAUUAUGAUUUAGAAAAUGAAUUAAAAUUAUGCAAAUACAUAAGUUCAUUAUGUAAUGCACUUAUUAUUUCAUUAAAAGAAAGAUUUGGUGGACUUCUUCUUAAUCUUGGAAUACCUGUCGAUGAUCACAUAAAACGUCGAAGUACAUUCCACCUGUUUUCGGACGACAUAUUCCUUAUUUCUUCUUUUUUGGAUGGACAGUUUCGACUUCGUUGGAUAUUACAAUCUCCUUUAUCUCAAGAUAUAAAAAAUCGUUUGUGUGAUAAGAUAAAACGUAUUGUUGCACAAGCAGCUUUUCAAGUUUAUGAUUCUGUUAGCAAUGUUCAAACUGCUGAUGGUGCACAACCAGAAACAACAUCAACAGCUAUUGAUAACAGUCAAUCUGGUGGAAAAAACUCGUAUGACAAUAGUCUUACACCAAAAAGAAAAAGUCUUUUCGCUUAUUAUGAAACAUCACCAAUGCCUCCAAAAAAAAUGCGUAUUAAUAUUAUGGAUGAAAUAAAUGAAGAAAUAAUGUUAUUUUUGAAAGAUCAACGUUAUGAAACUGAUCUUAUUUUUAUGAAAAAGAAUCAUUUUCCAUAUUUACAUCGUUUAGCAUUGAAAGUGUUAUGUGUUCCAGCUACAUCUGCUCCAGCUGAACGAGUCUUCUCGCAAAGUGGAUUACUCAUGAGACCUCAUCGAAGUCGACUAUCAAAGGACAUGUUGUCUAAAUUAACAUUUGUUAAAUGUAAUCUCGACUUAUUAAAUUGA